UUCCGGUUUGAUAUUUCCUAGAAUUCAUCUAAACACUUACCAACAAAUCUUCCUUAUCAAUUAUAUUCAACGCUUUUAUUCGUAAUUAAUCACCGCCAAAUCAACCAAUAAUCUUGGAAAUGUAUUAAAUCCUUAACCACACUGGUCUAGCAAAAUCUUCUCAGAGCAUCAAUGGGGAAACAUUAAAGCUCUAUCAUUUGGGCGGUUGCUGGUUUCAAUGAAUUAAGGGCUGGUUCUUGGUUGAAGAAGAUAAAGAUGAUGAUGAGAGAUUUGAUGGUGGUGGUAAUGUUGGUGGCGGGGAUGAUGAAUAAUUUUGCAGAUGGAGAUGAUACGAAUGCUGUUUUCAGUCCUUGUGAUAAUGCAAAAAUUAAAAGAUUCGAUGGAUUCACAUUGGGGCUUGCAUUUUCAUCAAAAGAAUCGUUCUUUCUUGAUCAAAUUCAACUUUCACCCUGUGAUAAGCGUCUCAACCUGGCCGCUAAACGUGCCCAAUUCGCCGUUUUCCGGCCCAAAGUUGAUGAGAUUUCCCUCCUUACCAUCGACAAUCCGAAAUUGGCAGGCGGGUUCGUGGUGGCAUUUGCCGGAAGAAGGUAUGCAGCAAGAUCACUUCCACAGAUAAUCUCCGACGCUGACAACACAGUCACUACUUUAACAUUGGUCCUGGAAUUCCAAGAGGGAACUCUGCUGAACUUGUAUUGGAAGAGCUUUGGGUGUGAAAUGUGCGGCGGAGAUGCCAGUGUCUGCCUCAACCAAACGGUGUGUGCAGUGCCAAAUAAAAAGUGUAAAAAACAGGGGGGGCCGGCAGACUGCAACCUGAGCAUACAGUUGACAUUUUCCGGCACCGAUGAACGCAGAGAAGUGCUGAAUUCAUGGUAUGAGGUGGAAAAUCUUAGGAAAUUUUCCUUGUUUGAUUUGUAAGGUAAAUUCCGUGAUGCCAUGCCUGGCCUACCAAUGUGAGAAGCCUUCUUUUUUUCCCUGUAAGCACAUAGCAUAAUAGCAAUUGCAAGCAGACUAGAGUUCAAUUUCUGUUCUCUGUCAACACCUAAUAGAUUUCUGAAUCAAAAAUCGACUGGCUACGGUAAUUCUGGGCUAGUUUUGAUCAUUA